CUGCAGGCGGGCUUGAUAAAGCUUCAGAACAGGCCCGGUGCCCACCAAUAAUUACUACUACACACAAGCAGCCCCCCCUCCCCUCCUUCUCAAUCCUGCAGUAUCAAGAUGCGCCUCCUCAGUCUUGCCCUGCCUGUCCUGCUGAGGCUGGGCUUCGCCCGCGCAACCUUUACCCUAAACCAGGUCGAAGAUCAGAUCUCGUCAUAUUUGGACCAAAACGAGACGAUCGCAGAGCGGUCUCUUUCGCAGAUUGGCUGCUCGGUUGCCUGUGGCUUCCUCUCAUUCACCCUGCCAAAGAGGCUCUCAUACCCUGACACGCCAAACUACGAGUUCGAGGAGUCGAGGUAUUGGUCGCAGCAGCAGGCGCUCACGAGACCGUCGUGCCGCUUUUCCCCGGCCUCGGCAGAGGAGGUGUCUCUCGCCGUCUUGACCCUGCGCCUCACCCAGUGCAAGUUUGCCGUUAAGAGCGGCGGCCAUGCUGCCUUCUCCGGCGCCUCCAACAUCAAAGACGGAUUGACCAUUGACCUGAUCAACCUCAACAAGAUUGUCCUCUCGGCCGACCAGAAGCAGACGUCUGUGGGCGCCGGCAACGUCUGGUACGACGUGUUCAAGUACCUCACGCCCAAGGGUCUGACUGUCAUCGGAGGGAGAGUCUCGGCCAUUGGCGUCGGCGGCUUGACGCUGGGCGGAGGCAUCUCCUUUUUCUCUGCCCGGUAUGGAUGGGCGUGCGACAACGUCAACAACUUCCAGGUCGUGCUCGCAGAUGGAUCCAUUCGCGAUGUCAGCUACUCAUCCUCCUACUCGGACCUGUACUGGGCUCUUCGCGGAGGCGGCAACAACUUCGGCAUCGUGACGCGCUUCGACCUCGCCACCUACCCGCAGGGCGACCUUUGGGCAGGCGCAAAGACCUUCCUCUACACCAACGAGACGGCCGCCGCCGUGAACAACGCGUUCUACUAUCUUGCUGUCAACGGCCCGUCCGAUCCUUAUGCGCAGACCAUCGUCGCGUACGCGUACGCCCAGGCGCAGGGCGUGUUUGUUAUUGCCACGGAUCUCCAAUACGGCAAGCCCGUUGCGAACCCGCCCAUCUUCCAAAACUUCACGUCGAUCCCCGGCGCCAUUGCCGACACUCUUCGCGUGACCGACCUUCCCGGCCUGACGAUUGAGUUCAACAACACCAACCCUGGCGGCUUUCGACAAUCGUACUGGACUUACACGGUGGGCAAUGAUCCCGAUCUGAUGGCAGAGAUGGUCGCUGCCUACAUGGACGAGGUCAACAAGAUCAAGGACGCUCCAGGGCUCGUCCCUUCAGCCGUGUACCAGCCCAUCACCACGGGCAUGACUUCCCACUUUUCGAAGAAUGGCGGAAACCCGCUUGGGCUCGCUGGCAAAGGUCCCUUCAACGUCGUCAACAUUGCCAUCUCCUGGUCCAAUGCCGCCGACGACGCUCGCGUCCUCGCUGCGGGAAAGAACAUAGUCGAUAGGGCCGUUGCCGCGGCCAGGGCUCGGGGCCUGGACCAGCCGUUCCUGUACCAGAACUACGCCUCGCAGCAGCAAAAUGUCUUCGCUUCUUACGGGAGCGACAACCUCGCUAGGCUGAGAGCCAUUAGUUCCAAGUACGACCCUGCCAAGGUGUGGCAGAAGCUGCAGCCGGGAUACUUUAAGCUCGGCUAA